ACAUUAGAACUGUAUUUUUUUUCUUUUUUGAAACGAGACUCUCUCUCUCUCUGUAUUAGAUGAUGAUGAUGAUGUAGGGUGUCUCGUCCUCGUUUCUCCUCCUCGCUGGGUUUCUUUGCUUUGCUGUUGUUAGAUUCCGAUUCCGGUUUAGAUUAGCAGUUUGUUUUUUCUAUUUUUAGAAAUUCUAGAUUCUCAGAUCUAUGGAUUUCGAUCUUUUUGGUGUUUUUCUUGCCCGCGAUGUAAUCAUCGCUGUUUGAUUACAGGAUGAUCGUUUGUUGGAAACAAAAACAUUUUCCUUCAUUUUCUCCACAGGACCAUCAUUCUUACUCAAAUCCCUAGAUCUGUUCCCUGUUUUUGUAGAUUUCCCCCUUCAAUGUACCAAUUUUUAUUUUUUUACUGGCGGCUUGCUUUCGGAACAGGACUGCUUUUUUCUUCAGGGAAACUAAGAUGAAUUAUUUCCCGGACGAAGUUUUAGAGCACGUUUUCGAUUUUGUAACCUCUCACAAAGAUCGGAACUCGUUGUCUUUAGUCUGCAAAUCAUGGUGUCGGAUCGAAAGGUAUAGCAGGCGCAGGGUUUUCAUCGGCAAUUGCUAUGCCAUCUCCCCGGAGAGGCUCAUCGCCAGAUUUCCGGCCUUCAAGUCCCUUACUUUAAAGGGGAAGCCGCAUUUUGCUGACUUCAAUCUGGUUCCUCCUGAUUGGGGAGGUUUCGUCGACCCAUGGGUCCGGGCCCUGGCGAACGCUAGAAUCGGAUUGGAGGAGCUUAGGUUGAAGAGGAUGGUGGUUUGGGAUGAGAGCCUCGAGCUGCUUUCGCGCUCCUUUCCAAAUUUCAAGUCUUUAGUUCUUGUCAGCUGUGAAGGGUUCACUACGGAUGGCCUUGCUGCUAUUGCUGCCAAUUGUAGGUUUCUUAGGGAGCUUGAUUUGCAAGAAAAUGAAGUUGAUGACCAUAGAGGCCAGUGGCUCAGCUGCUUUCCUGAAAGCUGUACAUCUCUUGUCUCUCUGAAUUUUGCCUGUCUCAAGGGAGAAAUAAAUCUAACGACUUUGGAGAGACUUGUAGCCAGAUCUCCUAACCUCAAGAGUUUGAGGUUAAACCGUGCGGUACCUCUCAACACACUUCAAAGGAUAUUGGUGCGAGCACCUCAAUUGGUGGACUUAGGAACAGGGUCUUACGUACAUGACCCAUCUCCUGAGGUCUAUAAUAGAUUGAAAGCUGCCAUAGAGAUGUGCAAUUCAGUUAGGAGUUUGUCUGGGUUCUUGGAGGUUUCACCUCACUUCAUGGCUGCUAUUUAUCCAAUUUGCCCUAAUUUGACCUUUUUGAAUCUAAGCUAUGCUCCUGGCCUCCAUGGUGAUGAGCUGAUAAAGCUUAUUCAACACUGCAGGAGUCUUCAGCGUCUAUGGAUAUUAGAUUGCAUUGGAGACAAGGGACUAGGAGUAGUAGCUUCAACUUGCAAAGAGUUGCAGGAAUUGAGAGUAUUUCCAUCUGAUCCCUUUGGGGCUGGAAACGCUGCUGUGACGGAAGAAGGUUUGGUAGCUAUAUCUGCUGGCUGCCCUAAGCUCAAUUCAUUACUGUACUUCUGCGAGCAGAUGACGAAUGCUGCCCUCAUAACUGUUGCAAAGAAUUGUCCAAAUUUUAUCCGCUUCAGACUGUGCAUUCUUGACCCCCAAAAACCUGACGCUGUGACUAUGCAGCCGUUGGAUGAAGGUUUUGGGGCAAUUGUUCAGUCGUGCAAGGGUCUCAAGCGGUUAUCACUCUCCGGACUUCUUACGGAUCAGGUUUUUCUUUACAUAGGAAUGUUUGCCGAACAGCUUGAAAUGCUUUCUAUUGCUUUUGCUGGGAACAAUGACAAGGGAAUGCUUUAUGUGUUGAAUGGAUGCAAGAAUCUUCGUAAGCUAGAAAUCAUGGACGGCCCUUUUGGUAAUGCAGCACUUCUACAGGACGUGGGAAAGUAUGAAACAAUGCGAUCCCUUUGGAUGUCCUCCUGUGAAGUUACCCUUGGAGGCUGUAAGAUGCUUGCAAAGAAGAUGCCAAGGCUCAAUGUAGAGAUCAUAAAUGAUAAUGAUGAGAUGGAAUUCAGCACUGUUGAUGAGCAGAAGGUACAAAAGAUGUACCUGUAUCGAACAUUGGUUGGACAUAGGAAAGAUGCGCCAGACUAUGUAUGGAUUUUAUAGGUGUAUGUUCUGUUCUGCAAGGAUUUUUUUGCCUUGUAUUUUAAUGUAUUGUAGGCCAUGGAUUUUUAUGAAACUCCUCAUUGGCCGAUUGGUGAUUUAGUUGUAUGCUACUCCCUUUUUUCUUCCACCUUAUUAAAUUUAGCAGUAGAUUUGUUAUUUGUAAUUGGUGUUAUCAAGAACUGAAUCUGUCAAGCUAUUGGGAAAUCAAUGUGAUAGAUGGUU